GUGGAACCGUGAAAAUUUGGGGUUCCAAAAUAAAGGAAAAGAAUUCAUUCUUCCCUCUUUUCUUCUUCAAGCACUCUUUUCUCACUCUCUGAACUUUGUGGCGCAAGGGAAAAUCCGAUAUCGAACAGGGUAAAAAAACGGAGAUUCUAUCAAUAAAAUGCUUCAAAUCCGUCUAAACAAAGUAGAGGGAGGGGGUGGUGCGAAGCCCUCACCAGCGGAUUCAGUUACUGUGGCAUGUCCGGACCAUCUCAUACUUGCAGAUCUUCCAGUUGCUAAGAGCAUUGGCACAGCAAGUGCAACUACACAUUUGAAGGCUGUUGGUCGCAGGUCCCGUCGUCAUCUUGGUGAACGAGUUCAUUUCUGUGUUCGAUGUGAUUUUCCCAUCUCCAUAUACGGCCGUUUGAGCCCAUGUGAUCAUGCCUUCUGUCUGGAUUGUGCAAGGAGUGAUUCGAGCUGCUAUCUCUGCGAUGAUCGAAUUCAAAAAAUUCAGACGAUUAAAAUGAUGGAGGGGAUAUAUAUCUGUGCCGCUCCUCACUGUCUCAAGUCCUUCUUAAAGAGGUCCGAGUUUGAAGCCCAUAUUCAUGAGACUCAUGCUGAUCUUCUUCAACCUAAUUCAGAGAAAGAAGAUGGAAAUGAAUCAGAUGCUUUUACUGCUACGAGGCCCUCAUCUGCAGACCCUCAUGCUAAGCAGCAGGCUGCACCUGCAGAUUCCUUAACUUCUCGUGCCCCAUCUAGAUCUGGCUUCUCACCAAGUUCAAAUUCUCAACCCCAGCAACCUAGUCAGCAACUUCCCAAGCCAAUUAUACAGUCAAAGCCACCACCACAUUACAAUAAUCCGCCCCAAGGUUUUGACAGACCAGGGCCCUUCAAUCACUUCCCCCAACAGGGUGGAGCACUUCAAAGACGGGAUUCUGACCAGUUUUUGGAUAAACAACCAGGAGUUCUAUCAGAGUCUCCAUAUCCCGAUUACAAUAUGCACCCUCAUCAACAACCAAAUUUCAUGAUGCCUGUUAAUGCAAAUCAAGGAAUGGGUCUAACAUUUACCUUCCCUCCUCAUUUUUCUAUUGGAGGAGCUCAACAAUUCUACAGUCCUCAUUUCGAGACGGCUCGUCCAGAUUUGGCAACCGAAAGUGGAUCAGAACAGGGUUCUUUAUCAGGUUUCCCCAUGCCCACAGGAGGUAACUCACAAUUCCCAGAAAAUUAUCCCCGACAAUGGAAUAUGGGACAUGCAGGGGUACCAAUGGAACAACAAAUGGCGGUAAGUCAAGGGUUACCAGAAGGCUAUACAAAUCUAGGAGAUCCUCAAGGGAGACCUCAAUUUUUUCAAGGUGACUAUGCACGAGGUCAAGGAGGUCUCCCUAUGAAUCCCAAUCAUCUUAAUCAGAGUGGUAAUUCUCAGGAUCAAAAAGAUGGGAAAGGUGUUCUGGCUGCAAUGCCACUUCCACCCCCACCUCCAUCUCUACAGCAUCAUACACAGCUCCAGCAAGGGAACUUCUCAAAUACUGGCGACUCAGGCCGGGAGGGAAAGAACUGCAUCUGACAAAAUUCAAAACCUGGAUGCGUGAAUGGUUCGUCAGUACCAGAGAGAAGCCCCCAUCGUUUUUGCUGCUGUAACAGUAGUAUUAUUUAUUGUCUUGGUUGUUGAUUUUGGUUCUGGUUGUUCUCUGUUUUUUUACCUCUCUUGUUAACCAUCUCUAUGAAUAUUAAGUUUUCUCUGCUCCCCUUGGACUCUAUUUGAUUGCUUUCUCGAGUAUUUGAUGUUUGGCUGUUUAGGAACAAAAUCAUAUACAGCACAAACCAGGGGAAUAAAUCUGCCAGGAUUGCAGAUUCAGGAACCAA